AACUAACACAACACAGCUUAUGACACGUGGCAAGCAGAGGCCCACUCUUUUUGGAACGACGACGUUUGGUGAAAUGAGAAAUUACACGCGUCUUCUUCCAUGCCUCUUCUACAAUUUCAGCUCUCUUCGUCAAUUCUGCAGAAAAAACAAUCGAACACGUCUCGUUGAUUCAUAAGCCCAGACAAAGAUUACAGAUCCACGUACAAAUUGAAAAAGAGAAGGCACAGAGAGAGAGAGAGCGAUGAUUUCAAAAUUUCCAGGAACAUCCAUGUUUCCCCCAGCUAUUCUGUCAUGUCUCAUCGUCGUCGCAAUGUUCGUAGCUGGACCUUCUUUCGUGCAGUCCUCCAAUGGCGACGAGAGGCCAUCGGCAUACGAAGUCCUUGGAGACUAUAAUUUUCCUGUGGGUAUUCUUCCUAAAGGAGUAAUUGACUAUGAUCUCGACUCUGCUACCGGGAAAUUCUCUGCUUACUUUAACGGAAGUUGCAGCUUCUCGCUCGAAGGCUCCUAUCAGUUGAAAUAUAAGUCCACCAUUAAAGGGGUUAUAUCCAAGGGGAAGCUUUCCAGUCUGGAGGGUGUUAGCGUGAAGCUGCUUUUCUUCUGGGUUGACAUAGUUGAGGUCUCCAGGAGUGGGGAUCAUUUGCAAUUCUCUGUGGGGAUAGCUGGUGCUGAUUUCCCUAUUGAUAACUUUGAAGAGUCACCUCAGUGUGGGUGUGGAUUGAAUUGCAAAGGUAGUCAACAGAGACCCACCUUACCCCAUAACUUGCUACCAAUCUUGGCUUCUGUCUGUGCUGCCAUGGCGAUUACCAGCACCACCAGGAUCACCGCUUGAAACAUCUUCGAUGAACUUCCUGCCAUUUUUACGAUUCCUUCUCUUGUGUUCCUGAAUAAUUGUGGGUUGAUGGUUUGACCAGACACAAGGGUGCGGUGGUGUCUGUGGUCUGCUAUAAGAGCUUUUAGUUAGUUAAUGCUGUGAGGGGUUUGUAAUGUUUUAAUUAAUUAAUCAAUUAAUGUGAAAUUAAGUGCUGUCU